UUAGCUUUUCCCUUCAUAGGGCCGCUUCACUCUCCGUCUCUUCUCAUUCUCCCUCCAAAACAAAACUCCGGACGACAGAAUUGGAGCGAACGAGGGAUUAAUAUGGCGUCGGCGUCCUCUUCAGACGGAGUUGCCGGAAGGAUUCGAAACGCAUCGUUGGUUCUUGUGUCCGAUAACACUUCCACGAUUGCUGACAUCCGCAAAGCUGUGACUAUGAUGAAGAACAUUGCUGUUCAGUUGGAGAAAGAGAACCAAACUGAGAAGGUGGCUUCUUAUUCUGGACUAAGAUUUUCGGUUUCUCCGAUCAAAUCUGUUAAAGACAUUGAAAACUCUGUGGCUGAGCUGUUGGAUUUAUGUGGUGAGUGUGCUCAUCGCUCGUCAGCGAUUCAAUCUGUUGCAAAUGGGUACCAGCCUGGGGAACAGUUAACUGACUUUAAAAUGUUGCUUGACGACGAGUUCAGAAAGCUCAAGGCUACAACUUCUUCAGUGCCACAAAAUGAUCAUUUGAUGCGCCAGUUCAGGGAAGCAGUUUGGAACGUUCAUCAUGCAGGUGAACCAAUGCCUGGUGAAGACGAAGAGGACAUUGUCAUGACCAGUACUCAGUGCCCUCUCCUAAACAUGACAUGCCCCGUGAGCGGGAAGCCUCUCACUGAACUAGCAGAGCCAGUUCGCAGUGUUGAAUGCAGGCAUGUCUACGACAAAGCCGCAAUCAUGCAUUACAUAGCCAACAAUCAGAAUGCGAAAUGUCCUAUUGCUGGCUGCCGAGGUAGACUGCAGAAUAACAAAGUGGUUUGUGAUCCAAUGUUGAAGUAUGAAAUCGAGGAGAUGCGCUCGAUGAACAAGCAAACUAACAGGACGGAAGUGAUUGAAGACUUCACAGAUUUAGUUGAUGAAGAUUAAACCAAACAUUUGGUUUUGAAGCCAUAUGUUUCUACCAAUUGUUUCCACUUUUGGGUGUAAAUAGGCUAGUACCGCUCUUUAUUCAACAUCUCGUUUUGGCCAAGUUUUUAGUUCAUUUUCUGAGGCUAGUCGAAUCUUAUUUCAGAUCUUGUAGCUGUAGUGAUGUUUUGGUUUUGACUUCGAUUUGUUGGAGUAUGCUCUAUCCAGUCGCACAAAACAUCAAAGAGUACUGGCGCAUUACCGAGUGGGGUGGGGCGUGGCUAAGAAGGAUUCCAGCGGAUGAGAUCUCUUUCAAGAUAUGAGGAGAGAUGAUUUCUAGGUUGCCAAUGGCAAAGAUGGUUACUGGAUUAGGACCAAAGUGCUUCCUCACCGCCGAUACGAUGCACGGUCGGACAUGACGAACGUCAUAACCGUCGGGAACCGGACAGGUGUUGAGAGGUCCCACCACACCCCCGUCUCCCACCGAUAAUUCUUGUUCAAACCUAAAAGAAAACAAAUCGCACUUGUUUAAUCAGAUAAGAAAGGAAAUUCAAUCGCAGGUCGAACGGAAAUCAAACGUAUCAGAUAAGCAACCGGAGUAAUUGACACCGGCCUUCUUCCAUAUCGAAUCUGACGGAGAGAGAAAGGAGGAUCCACAAACGCAAACUAUCGAUUAGUUUAGGGUUUCUUG